GCGGCGGUGGAGGAGAAAGAAACGCAGCGAACAAAACACACAAUGGCGACGGCGGCGACAACGGCAGGCGCGACGGGCUCAGGCGGAACGGCGACGGGUCCUGCUGGCGGCGGGACCACCGCAGUGGGGAGGAAGAAAGACGGCGGUCCGUCCACGAAAUUCUGGGAAAGUUCUGAGACGAUAUCGCAGUUUGAGACGGUUCGGCAGUGGAUCGGAAAACACUACAAGAAGUAUGUCCAGAAUGACUCCCCGUCCAGUAAAUCCUUGGCGGGUCUGGUGGUCCAGCUGCUGCAGUUCCAGGAGGAUGCGUUCGGACGCAGGGUCAACAAUCCUGCUCUCACCAAGCUACCUGCCAAGUGUUUCCUGGAUUUCAAGGCAGGAGGUGCUCUCUGUCACAUCCUGGGGUCGGUCUACAAGUUUAAGAGCGAGCAGGGAUGGCGUAGAUUUGACCUGCAGAAUCCUUCCAGGAUGGACAGGAACGUGGAAAUGUUCCUAAAUGUGGAGAAGAACCUGGUCCAGAAUAACUGCUUGACUCGACCCACCGUGUUCCUGUCACCGGACAUCGAGCAGAAACAAACCAAUAAGCUGAAAGACAUCAUCAAACGGCACCAGGGCUCCAUUACUGAUGACAAGUCAAAGGCCACCCACCACAUUUCCCCCUCUACAUCCCAACAAGAAGAGGAGGAGUGGCUUCGUCCUGUGAUGAGGAAAGACAAACAGGUGCUGGUUCACUGGGGUCUUUCCCCCGACAGCUAUGAUACCUGGGUGUCAGCAGCAGAAGUGGAUGGUGACGUGGAGGACCCCCCCAGCACCGACCGGCCAUGGAAGGUGCAUGCAAAGUGGGUGUUAGACACUGACUCGUUCAACGAAUGGAUGACCGAAGAAGACUACGAGGUGGACGAGAACAAGAAGCCAGUCCACUUCCGCCAGAGGAUCUUCCCCAAGGAGGAGGAGUCUUCCCGUACACCCGAUCGCAAGGAGCGCAAGGCCAACUCCGCCAGCAAGAAGAGGAGGCGCUCGCCCUCACCGCCCAGCACUCCCGCCGAGUCCCGCAAGAAGGGAGGAAAGAAGGGGAACCAGGGGCCUUCCUGGAAGCGUCGGGGCCACAGAGGCGAGGAGGAGGACACAGAGGAGGACCUGAACAAAGACAUGGACAACUCCUCAGCUGGUGCCAGCAUGGAGGAGGGCAGCGUGUCCAAAAACGCAAACUCAAAGAAAGACAGUGAGAGCACUCCGGUGAAAGGAGGGACUUUGGCUGACCUGGAUGACAUGGAGGAUGACUCGGUGCUGUCUGGUGGAAAGGACGAUGAGGAGCAGGGCAAAGCCGAAAUCAACCGACUGAUGGACGCCAGCGAGGACAACGUGACCGAACAGACUCACCACAUCAUCAUCCCCAGCUACAGCGCCUGGUUCGACUACAACUGCAUCCAUGAGAUCGAGAGGAGAGCCCUGCCCGAGUUCUUCAACGGAAAGAACAAGUCCAAAACUCCAGAGAUAUUCCUGGCCUACCGUAACUUCAUGAUCGACACGUACCGGUUAAAUCCUCAGGAGUACCUCACCUCCACUUCCUGUCGCAGGAACCUGACCGGGGACGUCUGUGCCAUCAUGAGGGUUCAUGCGUUCUUGGAGCAGUGGGGUCUGGUGAACUACCAGGUGGACUCUGAGAGUCGCCCGCUGCCCAUGGGACCCCCACCCACCCCCCACUUCACCGUGCUGGCUGACACACCCUCUGGCCUCAUUCCCCUGAACCACAGACCCCCUCCGAUCCCCCCUCAACAGCAGAUGCCAAACUUCGCAGACAAAAUAAAAGACAAGUCCAUCGACCUGCAGAACUUCGGCCUGCGCUCCGACCUCUACAACAAGAAAAAUCUCAAGGGUAAAACUGUCAACUCCACCAGGGACUGGACCGAGCAGGAGACUCUUCUGCUGCUGGAGGCCCUGGAGAUGUUCAAGGACGACUGGAACAAAGUGUCAGAGCACAUCGGUUCGCGCACCCAGGACGAGUGUAUCCUGCACUUCCUGCGGCUGCCCAUCGAGGAUCCGUACAUGGAGAGCACUGAGGCCUCUCUGGGCCCUCUGGCCUACCAGCCCAUCCCCUUCAGCCAGUCUGGAAACCCCGUCAUGAGCACCGUUGCCUUCCUGGCCUCGGUGGUGGACCCCAGGGUGGCGUCUGCUGCAGCCAGGGCAGCACUAGAGGAAUUCUCCCGUGUGCGUGAGGAGGUGCCGGCUGAGCUGGUGGAGGCUCACGUGAAGAAGGUGCAGGAGGCGGCCCGCAGCACCGGGAAGGUGGACCCCGCCUUCGGCCUGGAGAGCAGCGGCAUCGCUGGCACCGCCCCCGAGGAACCAGAGAAGACCGAAACCCCGGAGGCAGAGAAGAUAGAGACAGACACAGACUCCCAGCAGGCCGAUAAGGCGGAGUUGAAGGACGAGGCGGAGAAGCCCAGCGAGUCCGCAGAGAAAAGCGACAAGACCGAGGCAGCGGACAAGGUGAAGAAGGAGGGGUCCGAGUCGUCGGAGCGCGAGGAGGAGAGUGAAGAGGGAGGGGAGGUCAAGACGGCUCCAGCAGACAAAGACAAAGAGGAGUCCAUGGAGACGUCGUCCUCGGAGCCGGAGAAGGACAAGGAGGAGAAGGCAGCUACAGAGGAGGGAGAGGAGAAGAGGAAGAAACUCGAGCACGACAUCGGAGAGGGGAACAUCGCCACCGCGGCCGCCGCUGCUCUGGCAUCUGCUGCCACCAAGGCCAAGCACUUGGCGGCGGUGGAGGAGAGGAAGAUCAAGUCCCUGGUGGCUCUGCUGGUGGAGACGCAGAUGAAGAAGCUGGAGAUCAAGCUGAGGCACUUCGAGGAGCUGGAGACCAUCAUGGACCGGGAGAAAGAGGCCUUGGAGCUCCAGCGGCAGCAGCUGCUCACCGAGCGCCAGGCCUUCCACAUGGAGCAGCUCAAAUACGCCGAGAUGAAGGCGAGGCAGCAGAUGGAGCAGCAGGCGGCCGCCGCGGCUGCCGCUGCCGCCCAGGCUCAAGGACAGGCUCCUGGAUCUGGACCCCACGCCGGGCACCCCGGAGGGCCCCUGCCACACCACGGAGCGCCAAUGCCCCACCAUGGAGUGGCUCCACCUGGUGCUGUCAUGCACACAGGCUACCCCUCCAUGGGACACCACCAAAUGGGACCUCACCAUCCUGGACAGACAGGACCGAUGGGACCAGGCCAACCGAUCCCAGGUCGUAUGAUGUCAGGCCCGCCCUCUGCCGGCGCCCCUCCCGGCGGCAUGCCUCCCAUGAUGCCCCCACGCCACCCUGGAGCUCCCAACGGCAUGUACCCCGGCCCCCCCCCUGCACAGCCUGAAGCGGUCCCUGUGGUGCCUGUGGGUCCUGCAGCGCCCGCCAGUGGACGAGUGGCUGACAACUAAGACCUACACACGCGCACAUACACACCCACCCACAAACAUACAAAACAAUUUCCAAACAUCUUUUCGAUGGCCUUUGCUACUGGCUCGCCAUAUUUCCCUCAAACCUACAGGACACAGACACACACACUCAGGGUUCAGUGGCAAGGGUAACCCAGUUUUACACACACACACACACACACACACCCAGAGUUCCUCUCAGGGCACAGUGGCAAGGGUAGUCUAGUAAUAAACACUGUUUUCUGCUCGGAUCGAGGCUGAAGGGAAUGAGUGUGUACAGAAAACCAAACAAGAUUUAAAAAAGUGUGUUUUAAAUUUUUUCUCCCCUUAGUUGUUUAAAAUCACACUGUAACCUCCGCCUGUUUCUUUAAACACACACACACACACACACGCUUCUUCGUGCCUGGUGCCUCUUUUUACAAGCUGAUCACUAGGGAGAGCUAGAGAGAGACAUGCAGGGGAAUGAGUGUGUGUGCAGAGCUGUAACACACACACACACAGGCAGGAAGCUUAGCAGCACAUUCAGAUAUCAAUUAAUAUGAAUAACACACACACACACACACGCAGAGGUGACCCAGCCUGCCCUCGCUCUUGUCUUGUCAAGUAUCUACCUCUUGCUCCUCUUUGAAUGAUACACUGUAGUUCUAUGUGUGUGCGUGUGUUCAAGACGUGGGUGUUUCAUGGCAGAGCAACAGAAACAAAUUAAGUCUCUAACGUCUUUCCGCAACAAAAAGUCUAAAACCUAAAAUAAAAGUUGUUCUUUUUUUAAAAUCUGUUCCACAAGGUACAUCUCUGUUCUUUGACCCAAACAAAGUCCCUACAGGGUGCAGGCUGAAUAUGAUUACGUUGUUGGUCUAGUCUCUGACAUAAAAAAGUGUUUCCUGUCUGAAUUUAAACAGGAAAUGAUUGGCCGCAUAAUAAAUUGUUCAGAUUUUCAACAUCUCGUAUCACAAAACCAGAACCAUCUCUGAUUUCUGUCUGAGAUUGGCCCUCAGCACAAAGCCCAAUACCUAUUUAUGAUCAUGCGAAUCUGUCAGAACAGCAAACCACUGUAGGUUUUAGCAAAUGUUACUCAAGCGGAAGUAAACAAAGCCACUGUUGGGAUCUAUUUUAGCGGCAGAUUAGAAUCAUUCAGUCAGUACGUAAAUGUGGGAUUAAAUCAAAAUAACUGUUCAUGGUCAGCUGUUGUAUAACGUGUCCUUUUUGUUGUGUGGACAAGCAAAUAGUUUCAUAAGGAAGACAGGAAUCAAUUUAUGGCUGGUUUUGGCUGCGGAUUUGUUGAACAUUGAAAUCAAAAGACAGAUUUGGAUAGAAAACGAGGCUCAGUGACAGGAGAGACAGACUUUAUUUAUCCUUCUGCCACACAACACAAACACACACACACACACACACACAGAAAUGUAAGCUAAACUGAGGCUCACACUGGAGGCUGCACACACCGACUCGGCCUGACCCUGCCACAAAACACUGGACCAUCACACAGACAUGCAUUAACACACACACACACACACAAGAACAGAGGUAGACGCUGUGAUGCGGCUCGACCGAAACAUCACCGCGGUGGGCUUCUAGAUGUUUCUUAGGUGCUGAUACUGUAGCGAUUAACCCCCGCCCUCCUCCUCCUCCUCCUCUUCCUCUUCUGCUCAAACUCUCCUAACGCCUAGUGCUGCCUACCUCGCUAACCCCACCUCUCACACACCCACACACACCUCCAUGCACAGCCAUUUUUGCUUUUUAGCCGCUAGCAACAGGAAGCAAUAUCCUCAUUCCUGUGCAUCAUCGUAUUUGUGCUCGCGACUGGAAAAAAAACGGCGCUAACACCGAGAAGAAAUCAUGAUUCCACACUUUAGUUUUAAAUUCUGAUUCUGAUGAGUGUUAAGUAAAUUUAAAAAAAAGUGCAGGACCAACGAGGAACACCACCAAACGUUUAUUUAAGGAGCUGAAAUCGAGUAGUGGUGAAUUCCUCUGGACAUUUUUGAGAUAUCUCAAUCAAAAAAUAACACAUUUUCUCUGUUUCCAGUUUUCAAAUGUGAAUAUUUUUUUAGUUUCUUGGUCCUAAAUGUUGUUGGACAAAAAGUUAAUUGAGUUUCUGACUGUUUGUCGAACCAAAAUAGACAUUUGAAAACGCCAGCUUCAUUUCUGACUGUAUUGCCUGAAAUGUAGAUGGAUUACUCUGCAGUCCUGAGAUUUAAUGCCAUGACCAGCGGAUAUCUGGUAUAUUCUCACUCAAAGAUCCAAUAGUACUUGUCCUAAUGGUAUUGCAGAAUAUUCCUCAGCAGUUCUGCUUUUUUCAAUGUUGAAAUUAACUUUGCGUAUUUAUCUACUUUUUGACAUUUUCAGUUUAGAAAUUCAAUCUGAAGGUCAAUUAAAAACAGCAGUUUGAAUGCAUGCUUAAAAUAAAGCUAAUAAAACAGACAAGUGAUCCAAACUCUAUUCCUGCUGACUCACUAUGGCGUUCUGCAGGUGGAUAAUAGGCUCAAAAAGGUUGGUUAUGAUUGAAAGUCAUGACUGAAACCACUCCUCUCCCCCCUUCGCUAGCAUCUCUGCUACCUCCUCCUCGUUUGUCGGCUAGCUACCUCUUCUAGAAAUCCUCCUCUCGCUCUCUGCUACCUCUCUGCGCAUCCCUUCGCUACCUCUCCUUUCUUUUUGUACCUUCCCUGCCCACAUGACUGCUGCAUCACUGACUGUUGCCCUCUUUCUUGUCUGCUGGAGGAUUUAAGACACACUCUCAUUCACCUCCUUUCCCAUUCAGCAUCUUAACCAGGCUUGUUAUGUAAUGUCACUUAAUUAUGACGGAAAUCCCCCCCCCCCUGCCCCCAACAUAUAUUAUCUUUAAUCGAUACUCUUUUGUGUUAAUGGUAAUGUAUUUUUAACGGAGAAAGUUUUGUGUAGAUGGAAGUUCUCUUUGUUUUUUGGAAGUUUGUAGCAUAUGUUUGUUUUUUUUCUUUUGUACGGGGUCUGUUGGUACUUGGACCUAGACACUGAAUAAACUGUGUUUUGUAUGA